GAAAUAAAUCACUUUUCCAAUUCAAGUCGCGUGUGUUUCAAUCCGCAAGGAAGUUAGACGUUAACUAUAAGGCUCGUGUUUCGUUUGCAAAUAAGGCAAUGACAAGGAACUCCUUUCUCGCAAUGCUGACUAUUAGGCUGAUCGGCUUAGGGUUGCCCUGUUUGGCCAAGAUGUACGACUUCAACAGCUGCAUUUACAACGAGAACGAUCGAGAUAUAGUUGCCAACUGUUCGAAAGGAAACUUCACUGAUGUGCCCCAAGGAUUUGCUGAAAACGUGACUGUCAUUGACUUGUCACAGAAUGAAAUAACAAGCAUUGAGAAGAUGUCCUUUCCUUAUCGUCUGAUGGUACACACACUCAGUAUGUAUUGGAAUAGUCUUACUCAUCUAGACAGUGAUUCACUCAAGAACUUACCACACCUUUCGAAACUUGACCUCAGAGGAAACAAGAUAAACUGUACGUCUUCGUCAUUACCGCCAGGCCUCUUCAGAGAUCUUCCACUAAAACGCCUUUUAUUGAGUGACAUGAACAUUAAACAGAUUCAUGAUGAUUUGGAGUAUGCAGAGGAAACAUUUCUUGAUCUCAAUCAACUCGAAGAAUUUGCUAUCGAUUCUCCUCCAAACCCAACAUUUGGUAUCGGAUUUGUCAGUUUGACAAAUUUACGCACUUUAACCAUUAGCUUCUGUCAAAAGAAUAGCCUUAAUACAAGUGCAUUUGAGGUUUUCACAAAAAUUAAUCUUACAGCAUUUCAGAUAAAUGCAUGUAAUAAGGGGCAGGUAGAUACAAAUAUAACUGAUGUGUUUCCAUAUUUAGAUAUCUUAGAUAUUAGGAACACAGUCCACACAGAUUUAUCUCAGCGAUUGGUAAAUCUAAAUAAUUAUGAAAAUGCAUCCAUGCAACGAAUUUCUUUCAUAGCAAACACCGCAAGAUAUGGAGUCAGAACUGAGCAAUGUUUCAUGUUAUCCAAAAAAUAUACACGUUUUCUUGUCACAAUGUGUGUUUCAGAAGUGUAUCUGGUAGGCAACAGAAUACGAAUAAUUGAGGGAGGAGCUUUGAUUCAACCUCCAUUUUCCCAAUGCCUUCGUGUUUUAGAUCUCAGUCACAACAUGAUUCUGGAAGAGUAUGAUAUACUUCAAACCCUUUUCUUUUACACACAUUUGGUAUCAUUUCACUUUGAACAAUACGAGAAAGACCUUAAACAAUAUAAUGACUAUAUAUACAAUUUCUAUGAUUCACAUUCAAUUUUUCAAGAUACGAAUGGGAUGGUAUGGCCAGAAAAUGAACCUCAAACAUGUGUUUUCUCAGUCAGUGCUGAGACACGAGACAGUGAAGUCAUUCCCCAAAGUGAAAGUAAUGUAACAGCGUAUCUGAUGUUGGCAUUUCCACGAAACCUAACCUCACUUUAUUUUGCACCAGCAUUAAGACCUUUUGUUGAUAUCAAACAUGAACUGUAUUUCCUUGGUACUGAAAGGUGGUCAAAAGUUGUAUUUUCUAAUUGUUCGGUAGUUGCAUAUAAUGUUAGUAUCUUUGGAAUAAAGAACCUUCAAAGCUUGGAAAUUUCCGGAAAUGGAUUUAUUGGAUCCCCAACGACAUUGAUGAAAUCCUUUCCCAACAUUAAAAAUCUAUCAUUAAAUCGUAUCACAAAGGGAUUUAAGUGUAUCGAUAACAACAUAGAAUCGGUAUUGGGGCACUUUAAACAUCUUCAGAACCUGCAUCUGUUAGAUAAUGACCUUUCUGAUUUGCCAAGAAAUGUGGAGAAAAUAACAAAUAUCAGAUUAAUAGAUGUCUCGUAUAACUCAAUAAAAGAGCUGAGUGUGGGAACAAGAAAGAGAUUAGACGCUGUGGCUCAGAAGAAAAAUAUAUCGGUUAAUCUUCGAGGGAAUGUUCUGUCAUGUGGGUGUGGUUCUCUUGAAUUUAUUUCAUGGUCAAUGGACUCACUCGUAAUCUUCGUUGACAGUCAUCAUUACAUGUGUCGAAAUGAUAAUGGGGAAAUUAUUCACAUAACAAAUAUUGCAGAUUCAUACAUGAAAAUGUGGAGGUCGUGCGUUUCUUUCUUUUGGCUUUUAUUUUCAAUAUGUCUUUUUUUCCUUCUUAUCUUAGGAUUGUCUCUAAGUCUUCAUAUUGCAAGAAAUGUAAAUUUGUUAAAGCGAUGGAGUGUCAAAUGGUUAGGUUUCGACUUCCAACGACAUUAUAAGUAUGAUGUAUUUGUCUACCAUUCAUCAAAGGACGACCGUCGGUGGGUGUGUAGCACCUUGAAGCAAAAGCUGGAAGAUGAAAGAGAUCUUCGUCUCUGUAUUCCUGACAGAGACUUCGAGCCCGGAGUCUACACGUGUGAGGAGGUUCUGGGCGCCAUCAACAACAGCUGGAAGACUAUAAUCUAUCUGACUCAGACCUUCCUGGAAGACGAGCUCUGUUCCUUCAGGCUUUCUUCAGCCGUUUAUCUUGGCGAUAAUCUGAAAUCUGACAGAUUUAUCAUCCUUUUUUCGGACGCGGUCUUCCGUCAUCCAUUGCCACCUAUCAUUAAUCAACUUCUGGAUGAAGAUAACAGGUUUCCUUUGGAGGAGUUUCAUAAGAGUUCCUUAUGGGAUCAGCUUCACAGCAGGAUACUGAGUAAGGAUUGACAAUCUCAAUGGAGCCUCUGGUGACGGAUUCAAGUAGUGUAUAGAGCGGAUACGCCUUAGGAUCAUUCUGAACAUUGUUAUGUAGUGUUACUGAUAAUUGCAUACGUUUUUGUAAAUGUGUGUCAGAAUUAAUUGCUCACACUAGACACAUUGUAAAAUAAUCUGUGCUCCUGAAACAUAACAUGUUUCAGUUGAUUAUCGUUACACAAUGACUGGCGUUAGCGAUAAUAUCAAGUUAAUCAUGAAAUGUAAGUUGUCUAAUCAUAAACUCGGUUGGGCUUUACUCAUUCCGCGUCUGGAUAGAACGUCUACCUGGAGAGCAAAAGAUCUGUGGUUCGAUGCUCUGGCCGAAAGACGUUAAGAGAAGUUGUUACCGUGACUGGCGCUCGUCAAUAAGGGAACAAAACGAGGACUGGUCGUCUGUGAGUCAGUAUAAAGUAUCUGAGUGGGGUGUCCAUGUUACACUGUGGCAUGGUAUCUUGUGCAGAUAUUGUGUACUUUUGUUCGCAAGGUUCUACCCUGUACACUUCAAGCCCCCUCUCCACCGACAGCCUUCAUGUGAAGAACGAGUGAGUGAGUGAGUUGGGUUUAUCGCCGCUUUUAACAGUAAUCCAGUUAUAUCGCAGCAUAGUCGCCUUUUACGGCAUGUAUUGGUUGCUGAAGACCUAUUCUACCCCGGAAUCUUCACGGGUCCCACGCAGUUGGGAGUGAUGACAUGCAACAACCAAGUCAGCGAGCCUGACCACCCGAUACCGUUAGUCGCCUCUUACAAGCAUGGUCACCCAUGACAUGUGAUUAGUGGUAAUAUAUAAGUACCGUCAGAGUCAUGUCAGUGCCCAUUAUACGACCUUGUGUAUUUAAUGUAACUUAACAGGCGAUAAAUAACAUUUAUAAAGAAUUUUAUUCACAGUAUUUUUCAUUUGGUACAUGUUGGUAAAUUAUCCGCCAAUAUUUUAAUGUAUGUUUUCACUUGAUUAUGUGAUUGUCCGUGGCUGCACCCUCGAAGGGGGUUGAACUAGUGUAAAAUUAUGUCCCCCUCAGAGGGUAUGUAAGACCACGUCUUUCAAAGUGUAUUUAUUGUUACCACGUUUUUAAUCGUAGAAUAUGUGUUGUUUUAAUGUUCGGCUAAUUGUGUCAGCCAUCGCCAACAUCUGAAGGGAUGGUGUAACUCCUGCUGGAGUCCAUGCAGUAGCAAAAGUACUGUAAGUCCCCAUGGUCCCUAGUGAGGUGAUCUACCUUCAGUUGCUGGCGAUCUAUACCUUUUUUAUAUUGUAUCGUUACGUAUAGUGACAUCUUUUUAUGGCUGUAUACUAGUUUUAAAUAAUAUUCUGUGAUCUUCUAGUUAUUUUACUGUUCUUUGUUGACAGGCUUUUAUUGUUUAAAUGUAUAUACUGUGUAUAUUUAUUGUUAGUCACGAUAUGGCUGAAAUACUGCCGAUGUGACUAUAAAUUUUAACUCACUCACUCACUCACUUUUGAUUAUGUUGACAUAUUGUUGGAAGGUGUGAUGAUUAUAUGCUGAAUCUGCAUGUAAAUUACAUUGAUGAUCUUCCCAGAAAUCUAAUAAAAGUGUGCUAUCCUAAUUUAUGUGUUCUGGGUAUAAAUUCAGACAAACUGUGUUGAACAUUAAGGUUCGAUUUCCGAGGA